AAACACACACACUUUAACCACCCGAGAAGAAGAACUACAGGAAGCAUGUGUUUGUGGCCAUGUGUGUGGCAGCCAAGUAGCGCUAAAUAAACUCAGGCAAUCCUAAAUUACUAGGUAAAAACAAGUAGUUUUAAACGUCAUCAUGUCAUCUUUCUUUAUAAAGAAAAGGGUCAUCUCUGCAGCUCUCAACAAAGGAGAUUUAAAAAGAAAGAGUAAUGCAGAUGAUGGCAAAGGGAGAUCAAAAAAGUUCAAUAAACGAGUGGAUGAAGAAAUAUCGAGUGACUCAGAAAAUGAAAGAGCUGAUCCAAGCAGAAGAAAACAGGACGAUGAAGACGAUGAGCUCGAGGAGACGCCGCAAGACAAGAAACUUCGCCUGGCCAAACUUUACCUGGAGCAGCUGAGAGAGGAAGAGGACAAGAAAGCUGAGGAAGAAUCAUUUGAAGCGGAUCUCAUAGCUGGAAGACUGCAGGAGGAUCUGCUGGAACAGAAAGGCAAACUGCAAAGACUCAUAGCCAAAGAUCUCAUAGCUCCAGACCCAGAGGAGAUCAGGUUGUUGAGAGGACACAAACUAUCCGUCACAUGUCUUGUCAUCACCCCAGAUGAGAAAUACAUCUUCUCUGCAAGCAAAGACUGCUCAAUCAUCAAAUGGGAGGUGGAGAGUGGAAAGAAGGUGCACAAGAUGGCAGGAGGACGGAAGGGAACAGAGGAGCGUCACGUGGGACACACCGCUCACGUCCUGAGUAUGGCCAUAUCAUCUGAUGGGAAAUACCUGGCUAGUGGGGACAUGAAUAAACUCAUCAUGAUCUGGGAUCCGGUGACAUGUAAACAUCUGUACAAGUUUACAGGACACAGAGGCGCUGUAUCAGGUUUGGCCUUUAGACGAGGGACUCAUACCCUCUACAGCGCAUCACAUGACCGCUCAAUAAAAGUGUGGAGUGUGGACGAGAACGCUUAUGUAGAAACCCUGUUCGGCCAUCAGGACAUGAUCACUGGGUUGGACUGUUUGAGCAGAGAGAGAUGCGUGACCGCAGGAGGACGAGACAGAACAGUCCGAGUGUGGAAAAUUGCAGAAGAAUCACAGCUCGUCUUUCACGGACACGAGGGCUCCAUCGAUUGUGUCCAGCUUAUAAAUGAAGAACACAUGGUCACAGGUGGAGAUGAUGGCUCUAUUUCUAUUUGGACGGUUAAUAAGAAGAAGCCGGUGAGCACAGUGAAGAAAGCCCACGGUAGCCAUGGCAACACGGGUCUGGAGCAGCCCAACUGGGUGUCGUCCGUGGCGGCGCUGCACAACUCCGACACCGUGGCAUCAGGUGCCUCAGGCUCCCAUAAUUCAGCGGUGCAGCUGUGGAAGUGUGGGCAGGGAUUCAGAGGCCUGGAGCCACUCUUCAACAUCCCUGUGGCUGGAUUUGUGAACAGUCUGAAGUUCUCAAACUCUGGGAAGUUUCUUGUGGCGGGAGUUGGACAGGAGCACAGGUUGGGCCGAUGGUGGAGAGUAAAGGAAGCUAAGAACGGACUGUAUAUCAUUCCUCUUAAAAGACAAGCUAAAGAGCAAGAAGUGGUCCAGUAAUGUGGCCUGAUCUAGGACUUGGUUUCGGAGAACUCUUGGUUGCCUUUUUGUUUUCUUUACAUGUCAGAGCAUGAUGUAAAAGAGAAGCUUUUGAUUAAAUUUCUAUGGUGUU